UCGCUGCUGACGUGUUAGGGAAGUAGUCGUGUGCUGCCUGUAGCCACUAGCUUUUAGCCCUUUAUAACAUCACAAGCCUUUCAAGCGAGCCAGGCAGAAUGAAAUAAACAGUAUUGCCGCAUAUAUGCUUCAUCAAAUGACGACAGGAAAUACACUCAACCACUCCACCACAGGUGCGGUUGAAUCCAGCGUAAACCUUGAAUGAAGGACUAUAAGCGGCAAGCCAACAAUGGGCAAACAGAAGGUACCAGAUCUCUACAGAGCCCCCUUUCCCCUCUACGCCGUUAAAGUUGACCCAAAAACAGGGUUGGUGAUCUUAGCAGGAGGAGGAGGGGCUUCCAAGACUGGCAUAAAGAAUGCUGUGCACUUCCUGGAUCUGCAGUUGAUUGGACAAAACCAGUACAGCGCCAGCCUGCUUCACUCGCAUGACACGGACACGCGUGCCACCAUGAAUUUGGCCAUAGGCAACGGUGUGAUUGCCGCAGGUCAGGACGGAAGCUGCUCUUUGAUGGCAUUUGAAGACUGCACACAGAAAACUGGAACCAACGUUGAUGCUCAUGAUGAGAACAACGUGCAGCAAGGCACUGCCAGGCAACGAGCCGGCAGGAAAACCAAAGGUGGUCCGGAUGAUGCUUGCGUCUCUGGGGACAAGUCGCAUAUGAAGGAGGAGACGGCACAUAUCUCUGUGACAGGAAUGGCUGAACUGCAGUCAGAUGUAAACCCUCAGGAUCCACUCCAAAAGGUGGUCAGAUUUAGUCCUGACCUGAGCCUGCUCCUCACUGGAGGCACAGAUGGACACAUCAGAGUCUGGGAGUUUCCAUCCCUGAAGAAAAAACUCGACUUCCAAGCACAUAAAGGAGAAAUUGAAGACUUGGACCUGAGCAAAGACAACAAGCACCUGGUGACUGUUGGCAGGGACUUUGCUUGCAGCGUGUGGAGCAACGACCAACUAGUUAUGGCUCUGAAAUGGCAUGAAACAGUGUCUCACAUAGCUGAAAAGACAUAUCGGUAUAUGGCUUGCAGGUUUGGAACGGUAGAAGACCACAAAGAUGCACUGAGGCUUUACACGGUUCAGAUCCCCCACAAACGAGACAGAAAACCUCCGUCUUGUUACCUCACAAAGUGGGACAGCAAGAACUUCCUGCCCAUGCUCACGGCUCCGUGUGGGGUAGAGGUUAUCUCCAGCCUGGCUGUUAGUGACUCUGGAACAUUUCUUGGACUUGGAACUGUGACAGGAUCAGUUGCAAUCUACAUUGCAUUCUCCCUUCAGAGAUUGUACUAUGUACAGGAGUCCCAUGGCAUUGUUGUGACGGACCUGGCCUUCCUUCCUGACACGCUCAAAGGCCAAAAUAUCAAAGGAAACAAUGAAACGGCCAUGUUUAGUGUCGCUGUGGACAGCCGCUGUCAACUACACGCGAUUCCUAACCCAAGAAUGUUUCCCAUCUGGCUGGUGUUGUUCUUCUGUGGCCUGGUGGUGGUGGGAAUUGUCCUGCUUCUUCAGUACUUCUUCCCAGGAUUUUUUUAAGUCAUGUUUAUAACUUCAUAGUGUUCUGAAAUGUUUUUACUUCAGAGCUUGGAUCAGUCCUUAUCCAACACAUCCACCAGGGCUGACCUUCAGCUGCUUUUAUGGUGUCCCCCAAAUUUUUCCCGACACAGGGUUGUGAUAGCUUCGUGGAACCACAGAGGCCCAAACUAGGAUUUAACUUGCUUUGAAUCUUUAUCCAUUUAAAAUUACAUUUAAAAAUCGAAGGCCUCUUUGAAUUGUGAGUGUUCCAAGGUUGGGAAUCUUUUAUUCAAAUAUUUAAGGAUCACCUUAACAAUAGAAAUGACGCCAUUAUCUAAUUUAAUUUGGAGGUAUUUUGUUUACUUACAAGAACACGCCAGUGAAGUAAGUGCGUGUGUGGGACCUUACCUGUCAUGAAAAUAAAAUAAUGAAUAACUUGAAAUAAAUUUUAAGAUUUGUACACUG